AUGAACUUGCAGGUUGACCCAUCAAGGGGCGUGGCACAUGUCCUGGAGGCAUUGUGCGUUGCCUGUCGGGACGUGGCGCGUAGCACGGGGGGCAGCUACGAUGGCACCCCACCGCGGCAGGCGCUGCCACCGCGCCGCGUCACACCAAGCCGGAGCCUGGCACAGGCGGGAGCUCCCGAGCCCGAGCUGCUGGCGCUGGGCAAACGAGGGUCGCCUCAGGCCCGCCGUGCAGGAGCGGGUGGGCGCUCGCCGGGCAAGAGGAAGACUGUGUGUGGCUCGAGGGUGGCGGCUCCGCCGGUCGCCUUGCACGACGACAGGGAGGUGACGGCCUGCCAGUCAGGGUAUUGUGGAGCAAGUUCCUGUGGGAAGGAAUUUGUCACAGCCUUCCUUCAGAACCUCUUGGAAAGUCAACCCAAUCCUAAAUUUGAGUUGCUUAUCACUGGAUAUCAUCCUGCAACAACCGUCACGGUCACAGCGAACAAGUCUACAUUCAAUAAAAAGGUUUCCGUCAAUAAGCAGACAGUGUCAGUUGAGGUCCCAACCUCUUUGGAGAUGAAGGGGACUGACAUCUUUGAUGGAUCUGUGUGGAUUGAAGCUGACAAAGAGAUCUCAGUUGUUUCCCACAAUUACAAGAGACACUCAAGUGCUACCACAAUUGUAUACCCAACUCACCAGUUGGGCACAUCAUAUUAUGUGGUAACCCCAGUGGGGGAUGCGACAAGCCAUUUCAAGGAAUUUGCAGUUGUCGCCUAUGAAUUCCCCACUCAGGUCACUAUUCACCUGAAAGGGGCUGUGACAUUCCAAGGGAAGGCUUAUGCUGCAGGGAGCAGGCUUGUUGCUGACCUCAAAGCCUUCCAAGCAAUCCAGCUGCAAAGCUCAGCUGAUUUGUCUGGCACCAAGGUUGAAUCAGUUGCGCCUGUGGCUGUUUUGAGUGGGCACAUGUGUGUCCAGCAGUUCUCAUAUUGCGACCAUGUUGCUGAGCAGCUCUUGCCUGUUUCUAGCUGGGGCACCACCUUCAUAGUUCCCCCUGUGCCCUUCCAAACUCAGACUGACAUUGUGUAUGUCGUAGCUUCCCAAGAUAACACUUUGAUCGAAUACAAGUCUGGGGCCACUCCAGGUUCCCGCCGUGCGGUGGCUGGGGAAGUCAUCCAGUUUCAAAUGCAGCCAUCUCAGUCCUAUUUCUUCUCUGCCAAUGCAGGGAUCCAGGUCCUUUUUUUCUUCGCUGGUAACAGCAAGAAAUACGACCCUUUCCUCAUCAAUGUUCCUGCUUUAAAAAGCUAUUGCACAUCAUAUCACAUUGACGGGAUUAAGGAGUUUGAUAAUUUUGCUGUCAUCAUAGCAAAAACCUUAGAUUCAAAUGGGAUCACACUAGAGAAGAGAGCCAUUACAAAUGCCAAGUGGACAUCCAUCCCUGGAACAGAGUAUUCUUUCAGUCAACUUAGCUUGGGCAAAGAAGCCAGUGCCCUCUCUGUAGAGCAUCCCAGUGCUCCUUUUGGGCUCUUCAUCCUUGGAGGUGCAUAUGCUGAUGGCUAUGGCUCUGUGGCCCUUUGCUCUUGCGCUAAAUCCUGUCCUGAGAACAGCCAUUAUGAAGCCUGUGGGUCUCCAUGCCCGGCCACCUGCAGCGACCCAGUUGGGCCCAAGGACUGUUCCUCGUUGCCUUGUGUGGGGGGCUGCCAAUGCAAUAAGGGCUUUGUGCUGGAUGAAGGCGAAUGCAUUCCCAAUACGGUCUGUGGGUGUGUGUUCGAGGGGGAUGCCUUCUCCCCCGGUGAGCAGUUCUGGGCAGACGAGACAUGCACAAAGCGCUGCAUCUGUGAUGGAAAAACCAGAGAUGUGAGGUGUUGGGCAACAAGCUGCAGAAGCUGGGAGCGGUGUGAGGUGCAGAAUGGAGUCCAGAACUGUUACCCUUUCACUCAGCCUCCACCCAGCACUCCCGCCCCCACAACCCCCAGUUCCCCUACCACCACCAGUUCCCCUACCAGGAAUGCCACCUGCUCUGCUUUCGGUGGCCCCCACUACAUUAGCUUUGAUGGCCAGAAGUUUGACUUCAUAGGCACCUGCGUGUAUCAGUUUGCUGCACUGUGUGAGAAGCGGAGGGGCCUGGUUGACUUCCAGGUGCUCGUCCAAAAUGACCAUCGAGGCAGCCAGUCUGUGUCCUUUACCCGGCUUGUAGAGGUGAAGGUUGAUGGGGCAUCCAUUGUGAUCAGCAGAGACAACCCUGCAAAAGUCAUGGUGAAUGGCUUGUUGACCAACCUGCCCUUCAGCAUCGGCAAUGGCAGAAUCUCCAUAUACAAGAGAGGACAAGAGGCAGUGGUCCAGACAAACUUCAAGCUGACCGUCACCUUUGACUGGCAAAGCCGCGCCACUGUGACUGUGCCCAGCAGCUACAAUGGUGCCCUGUGUGGUCUCUGUGGGAACUUCAAUGGCAACAAGCAGGAUGAUCUGGCCAUGAAAGGUGGCAAAGUGGCUCCAAGCUCAUCGGCCUUUGGUCAGAGCUGGAAAGUGCGGGAGGUGCCAGGCUGCAGUGAGGGGGGCAAGGGAGAGUGCCCUGCACGGCUGACCAUUGAGAAGCGUCAACGGAGCCUCAACAAAGAGUGUGGGCUCAUCCUAGCCAAGAGCGGCCCCUUCAGAGAAUGUCACAGCCAAGUGGAUCCAGAAGGAUACUUCCAAGAUUGUGUAUACAAUUAUUGCUUCUUUGAUGGCCAACAAGCUGUGAUCUGCCAGGUCAUUGCCAGCUAUGCUGCAGCGUGCCAGGAAGCUGGGGUGACCCUCUAUCCUUGGAGAUCGGACACCUUCUGCAGUCUUUCUUGUGCUCCAAAUAGUCACUACGAGCUCUGCGCUAGAGGCUGCGCUAAGACCUGUGUUGCAGCCCCAUGUCCCUCUAAGUGCCAAGAAGACUGCGUGUGCAACAAGGGCUUCGUGCUGAGUGGUGAUCGAUGCAUCCCAGAUUUCCAAUGCGGUUGUCUCCACCAAGGCCAAUACUACCAGGCAGGAGACACGUUUUACCCCUCGUGUCAGGAGCGUUGCACGUGCCAAACUGGGGGGAGCGUGAGCUGUGCUGUAUUCUCCUGUGGCCCCAAUCAGGAAUGCCGGUUGUCAGAUGGCAUCCGGAAAUGCCACCCUGUUGGCAGCGCCACCUGUUCCGCUUCAGGUGACCCUCACUAUCUCUCAUUCGAUGGACGGGCCUUUGACUUCCAAGGCACCUGCACUUAUACCUUGGCUAGAGCCAGCGGAAGCAGCCGAGGUUUGAAGCCCUUUAUUGUCAAUGUGGAAAAUGAGGCCUGGGGGAAUGGGAAGGUGUCUGUCACCAAGAUGGUCUCAGUCAAUGUCUACGGCAUGACACUCACAUUACUACAGAACAAGGACGGUCAAGUGAAGGUGAAUGGCCUGUUCUACAAUCUCCCCAUAACCUUCUCUGCUGACCGGAUCAGAGUCUAUCAGCAUGGCACCGAAGUCCUGAUAGAAACUGACUUUGGUCUCAUUGUGAACUAUGAUCUGGUUUAUGACAUAAAAGUCACAGUCCCAAGCACUUACCAGAACCAAGUGGAAGGCCUGUGUGGGAACUACAAUGGGAAGGAGGAGGACGACUUCCUGCUCCCCGAUGGCAAGACAGCCUCUGAUGUAGCUGUGUUUGGCGCUGCCUGGAAAGUUCCAGUCCGUGGGGCAGUUGAAUCUUGCUCAGAUGGAUGCUCUGGGAGCAACUGCCCAGCCUGCGAGGAAAAGAAAAGGGAGGUUUUCAAACAGCGCCACUAUUGUGGGAUCCUCACUGCGUCUGAUGGCCCCUUCAGUGCUUGCAAAGGAAAGGUCGAUCCCAGGCUAUACUUCAGCAACUGCGUCUACGAUCUGUGCCUGGGUGGUGGGGACAGCAAGGUGUUGUGUGACAGCAUCCAGAGCUAUGUGUCUGCCUGCCAAGUGGCCAAGGUCUCUGUCAAGCCCUGGAGGAGCCCUUCCUUCUGCCCUCUGCGCUGCCCUGCCAACAGUCACUAUGAGAUUUGCGCCCAGCUCUGCUCCACCUCCUGUGCCAAGAUCACAGACUCUACGAAAUGUCCGGAGACCUGUGCUGAGGGCUGCCAGUGUAAUGAUGGCUUUUUCUUUAAUGGCGUUGGCUGUGUCUCCGCAAAAGACUGUGGGUGCUUAAAGAAUGGACGCUACUACAAGCCCAAUGAAAAGGUUCUGCAAAAUGUAUGCCAAGAGAGCUGCCGUUGCAUCCCAGGCCAGGGGGUUAUCUGCGAAGCCCAUAGCUGUGCGGCAAACGAGAACUGUGAAACCAGAGAUGGCAUCAUGAGAUGUGUAAAUAAGGAUCCAUGUAAAUCCCUGAAGUGCCGAGAAAAGGAAACAUGCAGGAUUGAGAACGGCCAAGCCAAAUGUAUCCCAGACUUCUCAGGAAGCUGCUGGGGCUGGGGGGACCCACACUAUCACACCUUUGACACCUUGAAGUUUGAUUUCAUGGGCACCUGCUCUUAUACUAUUGCUAAGUACUGUGGGAACGAUGCUACACUGGUGCCUUUCACUAUCGAUGAGAAGAAUGACAACAGAGGCAACCAGGCUGUGUCCUAUGUGCGUCUGACCAACAUCUAUGUCUAUGGGUAUAAGAUCUCCAUCCACAAACAGGAAACUGGAAAAAUCAGGUUAAAUGACAUCAUUACCAGCCUGCCACUGACCCUUGAAGAUGGUAAGAUCAAGCUGUACCAGAGCGGUCCCUAUGCUGUCCUGCAAACAGAUUUCGGCCUCCAAGUAUCAUAUGACUAUAACUGGUAUCUGCUGAUCACAAUCCCCAGUAGUUACUAUGGGGCCAUUUGUGGACUGUGUGGAAACUUCAAUCAAAACCCUGCAGACGACAUGGCCUACCCCAAUGGCACCAAGGCUGCCUCCAUCGAAAGCUGGGCCAGCAGCUGGAAAGUCAUAGACCGGGACCCCUUUUGUUGGGAUUACUGCCGAGGGAAUUGCCCAACAUGUGAUGAGAGCAAGAGGGUGCUGUAUGGAAAGGAAGAUUACUGUGGGCUGAUCAGCAAAACCUCAGGGGGGCCCUUCAGAGAAUGCCAUGCCAAAGUGAAUCCAGAUGACUUCUUUGAUAGUUGUAUUUAUGAUGUGUGUCUCAACGGAGGGACCAAGAACAUGCUUUGCCAGGCCUUGGAGGCCUAUGCUAAAACCUGUAGGAAAGCAGGGGCCACCAUAUACGAUUGGAGGACAACAUCUGGCUGUGCCUUGCUGUGCCCUCAGAAUAGCCACUAUGAGUUUUGUGGCAAUGCCUGCCCCGCCAGCUGUGCUGACCGCAAGGCUCCCUCUGCCUGCAAACAGCCAUGCGUGGAAACCUGCCAGUGCAACGAUGGCUACGUCCUCAGCGUUGACAAGUGUGUGCCUGUUGGGAGCUGUGGCUGCACCUACAAUGGGCUCUACUACAAACCUGGAGAAGAAUUCUGGGCUGAUGAGACCUGUGGUUCCCGCUGCACAUGUGACCCCACCCUGGGCAUUGUGGUGUGCAAACCAGCUGGCUGCAAAGACAGUGAGACGUGCACUGUGGUCAAGGGAGUCCGGGGCUGUUAUCCCGUAAGCACCUCCACUUGCUUAGCCACCGGGGACCCUCACUAUACCACCUUUGAUGGGAAGAAAUUUGACUUCAUGGGCACCUGCAUCUACCAGCUGGCUGGGCUCUCCUCUAAGGACCCGACUCUCAAGCCUUUCACUGUCAGUGUGGAGAACAACCACCGGGGCAGCAACACAAAUGUUUCCUACACCAAGGUGGUGACUCUGAAAGUCUACAAUGUAACCAUCAUGUUGAGCCAGGAGUAUCCACAAAGAAUCCAGGUUAAUGGUGUCUUUGUGAACCUGCCUUUCUACCAAGGAGACAAGAUAAAGGCUUAUAUCAGUGGUGUUCAUGGCUUCAUCAAGACUGAUUUUGGCCUGAUUGUCACCUUCGACUGGAACAGCUAUGCCAGAGUCACUGUACCCGGUGAAUACGCCAAUGCUGUUGGUGGCCUCUGCGGCAACAACAAUUUGGACCCCAAUGAUGACUUCAUCAUGAAGGAUGGGAGACAAACGUCUAGCAUAUCCCAAUUUGCAGAGAGCUGGAAGGUGGCAGAGGUCCCUGGUUGUUCACCAGGUUGCACAGAGAAUUGCCCGCCAUGUGAAGAGGCACAGAAACUCCCCUAUAAGGGCGACCGAUUCUGUGGGAUCCUCAUCAAAAAGGAUGGACCAUUCAGGCAAUGCCAUCAGCUCAUUGACCCAACACCCUACUUCACUGAUUGCGUCUUUGACGUCUGCCAGUAUCGUGGCCGGCACAGCAUUCUGUGUGAUGCCAUCAGUGUUUAUGUGGCAGCCUGUCAGGACCUGGGAGCUGUGAUUGAACAAUGGAGAUCUAACAGUUUUUGCAGCCUUGCCUGCUCACUCAACUCUCACUACAAGCUCUGUGGAAAUGGCUGCCCUGCCACUUGCCGUGGUCUCUCGGCUCCUGAGGGGUGUGAAAUGUCCUGCAAGGAAGGAUGCUAUUGCAAGCCUGGGUUUGUCUUGAGUGGGGACCAAUGUGUCCCUGUUGACAGUUGUGGCUGUGAGCACCAGGGCAACUACUACAAGAAGGGAGAGAUUUUCUACCCUGGUUCCUCUUGCCAGGAACGAUGCCAAUGUGCAGACAAUGGAGUUGUCAAAUGUCAGAAAAUCUCCUGUGGGCCCCAUGAGGAAUGUAGGGUGAAGGAUGGUGUCCCAGGCUGCCAUGCGGUAGGGUGUGGGAAAUGCAGUUUGGCUUUGGGCUCCCACUACGUAACUUUUGAUGGACGGGCCUACAACUUCCAAGGAACCUGCACUUAUACUUUAGCUAAAUUGCAAGGAAAGAAUUCUCAGCUGGCAGACUUUUCAGUGUUGGUGAAGAAUGACAGGUCACUGACCAAGACUCUUACAGUCUCUUUUCAUGGAUACACAGCUGUCAUUGAGAGGGCGAUGAAAUGGAAGAUCAAGGUGGAUGGACAGCUCUACACACUACCCAUGAAGACAAAGGAUGGGAAACUCUGGGCCAACCAGGAAGGCAAUAAUAUCAUUGUCCAGUCUGACUUUGGUCUCAAAGUCCUUUUUGAUACCUUUUCGUACAUCUUGGUGUCUGUCCCCAGUAACUACCAGGGACAUGUCACUGGCCUAUGCGGUAAUUUCAAUAGUGACAGGACCGAUGACUUUACUCUACCUACGGGGAAAAGCACCCAGAAUGUGAUUGAGUUUGGGGCCUCUUGGAAGGUCCCCAUUGAUGGAGUCAGGUGCUCUGAUGGCUGUGGUGAUAAAUGCCCCAUCUGUGAUGCAGCCAAGACAGCGCCGUACCGACCUGAGAGUUCCUGUGGAAUGAUCCAAGCCAAAUCCGGCCCCUUCAGGGGCUGUCACUCCUUGGUAGACCCUGCCGGAUUCUUCAACCACUGUCUGUAUGACAUGUGUGCAACCAAUGGUGCCAGAGAAACUCUCUGUAGGAGCAUCCAGGCCUACGUCACUGUAUGUCAGGCUGCAGGAGUUACAGUUGGAGCCUGGAGAACAAACAACUUCUGCCCUCUCACUUGCCCACCCAACAGCCACUACGAGUUGUGUACAAGGACCUGUGGUUCCACCUGCACCAGCUUGUCCACUCCAGGCCAAUGCUCAAAGAAAUGCUUUGAAGGUUGCCAGUGUGACAGUGGCUACAUGUUUGAUGGUGACAGGUGUGUGGCAAUGGAGAACUGUGGCUGCAUGCAUGAAGGGCGCUACAUCAAGGCUGGAGAGAAUAUUGUCUCAGAAGACUGCUUGAAAAAAUGCACCUGCCACCCAUCAGGCCAACUGGUUUGUGCAGAAAACAGUUGCCAGCAAGGAGAGACCUGUGCUCUCCAUAAUGGUGUGCGUGGUUGCAUAAGGCCGAACGGAGAGUGCGUUGUCAUCCCUGGAGCACACUUGACUUCCUUUGACGGUGUCUCUGGGAAAAUUCUGUAUCUAGGGGCUUACGAGGUUGCGACCCUUUGCAAUGGCAGUGACCCCUCUUGGUUCAAGAUCGUGGCAGUUGUCGACAGAAACAACGGCUGGGAUUUGCCAGCGGUGACAACAAUACAUGUAUUUUUCAAAUGCCUGUUUCUCACAGUAAAACCGAACAAGGAGGCAUGGGCCAAUGGGCGCAAAAUUACGCUCCCAGCAAAGGUCUCUGAAGAUGCCCACGUGAGCCUCUCUCAAGACGGGAUAACUAUUCAUUUGGCCUCUGAAGUAAGAAUUCUGCUCGGACCUCGUGGGGAAAUGAAGAUGCAAGUCUGUAAAGCCCUGGCAGGAAAGCUAUGUGCCUCCUGCGGGAACUUCAAUGGAAAUCGUGCUGACGACCUGAAGCUGCCCAGUGGGAAGGUAGCAAGAAGCUUGUCUGAGGUUGUUGCUGUCUGGAAGGAGGAGGAAUUCUGUGCUAAGUGAGCAGCUCUGAGAAAGGUCUUUGACCAAGAGGACAUUGAGGCCUAAAAGGUGCCUGAAGCAAAAUGAACCCCUCCUUAUGCUGCUUCUGAGAGAAACUUCGCAUUUAAGCUCUUGGGCAAAAUUCCUUGGUGUGGCGUAUUCCCUGGCUUCACAGUUCAAUGUUGCUCAACCUGUUAUCAGGUUUACUCUGACUGCCUAAUAAAAUGAUGGCACUUUUGCUUAAGAAUCAAUAAAGCUUUUUUUUCCUCCAAACUUCA